GGCGGCAGCGGCUCAGGCGGUUCGAGGGGACUCACCUGCUGCAGGUGCUCGGGGCGGACCUGACCUGGACGAGCGAGGACGGGCGCAGGGCCGGCCACUGGGGGACGAUGCAGCAGGAGCGGACCGUGCGGCUGCAGUACGGGAGCCGCGUGGAGGCGGUGUACGUGCUGGGCACGCACCUCUGGACCGAUGUCUACAGUGCGGCCCCCGCCGAGGCCCAGACCUUCAGCCUGAAGCACUCAGAGCGCGUGCGGGUAGAGGUGGUGCGUGACGGGCAGGCCGAGGAGGUGGCCGCCAACGGCAAACAGCGCUGGCUUCUGUCGCCCAGCACCACGCUGCGGGUCACUAUGAGCCAGGCGAGCACCGAGGCCAGCAGCGACAAGGUCACCGUCAACUACUACGAGGAGGAGGGGAGCAUGCCCAUUGACCAGGCUGGGCUCUUCCUCACGGCCAUCGAGAUCUCCCUGGAUGUGGACGCAGACCGGGACGGCGUGGUGGAGAAGAACAACCCAAGAAAGGCAUCCUGGACCUGGGGCCCUGAGGGCCAGGGGGCCAUCCUGCUGGUGAACUGUGACCGAGACACGCCCUGGUUGCCCAAGGAGGAUUUGAACGACGAGAAGGUCUACAGCAAGGAAGACCUCAAGGACAUGUCCCAGAUGAUCCUGCGGACCAAAGGCCCAGACCGCCUCCCCGUGGGAUAUGAGAUCGUUCUCUACAUUUCCAUGACAGACUCGGACAAAGUGGGCGUGUUCUACGUGGAGAACCCUUUCUUCGGCCAGCGUUACAUCCACAUCCUGGGCCGACGGAAGCUCUACCACGUGGUCAAGUACACGGGCGGCUCCGCAGAGCUGCUGUUCUUUGUGGAAGGCCUGCGUUUUCCCGACGAGGGCUUCCCGGGCCUGGUGUCCAUCCACGUCAGCCUGCUGGAGUACAUGGCCGAGGAGAUUCCCCUGACUCCUAUCUUCACGGACACUGUGGUGUUCCGGAUUGCUCCGUGGAUCAUGACCCCCAACAUCCUGCCUCCCUUGUCCGUGUUCGUGUGCUGCAUGAAGGACAAUUACUUGUUCCUGAAAGAGGUGAAGAACCUGGUUGAGAAAACCAACUGUGAACUAAAGGUCUGCUUCCAGUAUGUGAAUCGAGGCGACCGCUGGAUCCAGGAUGAAGUUGAGUUUGGCUACAUAGAGGCCCCCCAUAAAGGCUUCCCCGUGGUACUGGACUCCCCCCGAGAUGGAUACCUGAAGGACUUCCCAAUGAAGCAGCUUCUGGGCCCAGAUUUCGGCUACGUGACCCGGGAGCCCCUCUAUGAGCCUGUUACCAGCCUCGAUUCCUUUGGGAACCUGGAGGUCAGUCCACCAGUGACUGUCAACGGCAAGACGUACCCCCUGGGCCGGAUCCUCAUCGGAAGCAGCUUUCCUCUGUCCGGUGGUCGGAGGAUGACCAAGGUGGUGCGGGACUUCCUACAAGCCCAGCAGGUGCAGGCACCCGUGGAGCUCUACUCAGACUGGCUGACCGUGGGCCACGUCGAUGAGUUCAUGACCUUCGUCCCCAUCCCAGGCACAAAGCAAUUCCGGCUGCUCAUGGCCAGUACCUCGGCCUGCUACAAGCUCUUCCGAGAGAAGCAGAGGGAGGGCCACGGGGAGGCCAUCAUGUUCAAAGGCUUGGGCGGGAUGAGCAGCAAACGAAUCACCAUCAACAAGAUUCUGUCCAGCGAGAGUCUCGUGCAAGAGAACCAGUACUUCCAGCGCUGCCUGGACUGGAACCGUGACAUCCUCAAGAAGGAGCUGGGGCUGACAGAGCAGGACAUCAUCGAUCUGCCCGCUCUGUUCAAGAUGGAUGAGAAACGCCAGGCCAGAGCCUACUUCCCAAAUAUGGUGAACAUGAUUGUGCUGGACAAGGACCUGGGCAUCCCUAAGCCGUUCGGGCCCCAGGUGGAGGAGGUAUGCUGCCUGGAGACACACGUGCGCUCCCUGCUGGAGCCCCUGGGCCUCUGCUGCACCUUCGUGGAUGACAUUUCGGCCUACCACAAGUUUCUGGGCGAAGUCCACUGCGGCACCAACGUCCGCAGGAAGCCCUUCGCCUUCAAGUGGUGGCACAUGGUACCCUGAUCUCAGGGGGCUGCCGUGUGCGGGUCUCAGCUCACCCAUAACCCGUAUUGUGGCUGGGCCCGCCCUCGUGGUUCUUUACGAUCGCAAGAUACCCUUCGGCAGUAACUGUCAGGAAACUUUAGGAUUAUUACCUAUGGGACGGCACACUUGGGGCCACACAGCGAGGUCACAGGGAGAGAGAGACCACACAGGCCUGGGGUUCUGCUUUUCUUGGGGGGGGGGGGUCGAGGGGGGGGCCUAGGGUUUUGCGGGCUCGCUCCUAUUGGUGAGCUUAAAACAUAAGAGCUGGAAUUUAAAGCACAGGAAGAGGGAAACCCAGGGGCCCAGAUGGUCAGCUAUAGAAACCAACCAAAUCUAAAACAAAGGAGCCUGGGGGGAGGAAGAAGCCUGGCUUUUUAUCUAGUCCUGUGGCUGGCAAUAUGCCUAGUGCAGAUAGCCUUCUCUAAAGUGGCUACCUCAGCAAUCAAAGCUUAAGUCAGGCACUUGAGCCACCGAAGAGAAAACCCAACUGUCAGGGCUUACACUACAGGUGCCUUGACAAUUCCCUCCUCCCUUCCUUCUCCAGACUCCUUGAACCCCCCAGAGCUUUCCCCUGGCCCGGCAGGGACUUGACAAGGAUUCUGUCCCACUGGGAGCAAGAGGUGAGGAAUCUGAGAUAUCUGUACCUUGUCAUCUCUCAGAAGGGCCCUAGCAUCCACCCAAACCACCCUGGUGAGCCUCAACUCUGUCCUUCCUGAAAACAGCCGUGCACUUGGCCAGUGUCUGUAUAACCCUGAUACGAAAAACAAAAAAGAAAACCAAAACCCUGUACCCAAAUCAUUCCCCCAAAGAGUCCUUAGUCUCUUGUCCGAAAUUGAAAGAGGGGAGAAGGGAAGGAGGUCCCGGAGGCUCUGGGAUCACCAGUUCUGGUAGCCAUGCCCUGAAGGUCAAGUUAGAUCCCAUGGAAAGGGACCCUGCCACCACCCCCCCCCCCCAGACAUACCUUGAACUGCUGACAUCAUUUCAAAUUCAGCUCUCUUGGGGUGUCCAGGUGGCUGCCUCCAAUUAGUCAUUCCUUCCCUGCCUCGCUCCGAUCCCCUUGGCUUUCUCUCUGCGGUGUAGACACCAUUGACUAGCUUCCCUAUUCCCUGAGGGUCCAAUCGUUUACCUUAGAACCUUCCCUGGAAGCGGAUUUUAUCAGAACAGCCUUCUCCAUUCUCAAGAUGCUCCUUAUACCUCGUCUUUCUGAUGGACACAGGCUCCCCCAAGUGCUUGAUCCCCCCACACCAGCAUCCUUGUGCCCAAGAGUGCAGUGCGUGAAGACACCUGGGCUUCACCAUAGCCUUCUGCUGCCUGGUUCUCCAGUCUCUGGGCAAUCCCUGACCUCCCUCCUCUCCUGCCUCUACUUCCUAUUCCUGACGCCAUCCCUCCAGGCAGCUAGACAAGGACUUUUUCACCACCAGCCAAGCUCAGCCCUGCCCCCCCAGGGUACAGUGAAGGACCCACCUGUCCUCCCCAGAUCUUAGACUCAACGUGUAAGGACCUGGCCUGGCCUCCAGCCGAACAGCCAGUUCUGGGCCAGCAGCUGGCCUCAGACGGACCGUCUGUCCCAUGGAAGUUCACCAGUGCAUUUGCUGAGCAACCACUAAUUUGGACAUAACUAGAUUAAUUCCCUGGCUCCAACCAAAAAGACUCAGUUUCAACUAAAAAAAAAAAAAAAAAAAAAAAAGCGUAGGGCCAGCUGAUGUCAGGAGAAUAAGUAAAGUGUAAUUCCACUUUGAGAGUUUAAAAAGAGCCAAUUUAUAACCAAUGAAAAGGUUAUACAUCCGUCUUCUUGAGAGAACAGGAUUUUUCUUCUUGGCUUACGUCAUUCAUUCUAUCAGCAGGCAUUUGUUGCAGGCCUACUAAGUGCCCGGCACAGUGCUGGGCUCUGAGGAUACGGUGGUUAGCAGCAGACUGCACCUUGUCCUUGCUUCGUGGAGCCAGCCAGGUCUCCAGAUGCAAUGCCCACAUCUAAAUGGCCAGCUUUUGCCAUCUCAGUGAUGCGCUCUUUAGCAAUGCCAACCUGCUACAUUCAGGAAACGCACAGGGCACAGAACUUCCUGUAAGUCACUAUUUUAGAUGAAGGUAGAAGGUUCUUUUUCAAACCAGCUUCCUUUCCCAUCCAGCUGGGCCGGUACCACCCGACAGAUCAGACCUCAGAGCUUUCAGAAGCUAUCGUGCCCCCCUGCCUUUUGGGGCCAAAGCCCCAGAUAUCUGCAACCCCAGAGUGCCUAUUUGAAGGAGUUUAUCUGGAGACUUAGAGUUUGUCGUGUGUGUGUUUGCGUGUGUGUGUUCGGUUAAUGUGGGGUUUGGGGUUUCUUUCAUUUUUUUCUAGUCUACCUUAAGGGGAAGUGAACGCCUCCCAUGUGGAGACAGUGUGUGUUAUAGAUUUUUCUAAAACUUCCCAUCGGGAAGUCGGUAAUUUGUGAUGAUUCUGGAGCCCCCAGGACUCAGAUACCUAUUAUCUUGUUUGCCUCCCACCCCGUGUGACCGCCUUCCGUGUGCACGCCUCCCCCACCCCAUGGACUCACUGCUCUUCCCCGCCCCCCGCUUUCUCUAAAUGUAGGCCUAGGAUACACUUCUGUGUUGCAAAACUCAGCUAAGUUCCUGUUUCGAUCUUUAUUUUGAAAUAUUCUGUGUAAGAGGGAAGCGGGGGGGGGGGGGGAUGUUGCGAAGAGGGCAAGAAGCUGGGCACGGUUUCAACUUUCUGGACAAGAGGCCAUGACGGAGAUCGAAAGAUGUUUGGGGAAGAGCCUGAAUAAAUAGCAAUAAAAUAAACCAUCAGAGGGGAAG